AUGAUUUUCUCUAUUAUUCUUAUUUUUUUUCUUCAACAAGUUAAAAACUACAGAAUUGUUGCUGGUACUGAUGAUGUUAGUGUUGAUUUGACCCCUAUUCGUGUGUAUUAUAAUAUGCCUGGUUUAUCUGCUUUGGCUUUAAAAAAAGGAGAAAUUAUUGCACAAGGUGCAUCAGGAUAUCGUCGACAAGGUGAUUCAACACCUCUACUCGUUACAGAUCCAAUCAAUCUUGGUUCAUGUUCAAAAUGGAUGACAGCUACAGUUGCUGGUCGUCUAGUUGAUAAAAAAAUUCUAUCAUGGACAACACAAAUAAAUGAAUGUUUUUCAAAUUAUAAUAGUUUUAAUAGUGCUUUUCGAAAUACUACUUUAGAACAAUUCUUAGCACAUCGUUCUGGUGUUCAACAAAGUACUACAUUUUAUAAUCGUUAUUUAAAAGAAUUAUUAGCACAACAAGGUACAUAUCGUCAAAUUCGUUAUUGGGUUGCUGAAACUGUUCUAAAAGAUGUACCAGAAGUUCAACCUGGUGAAUAUCUUUAUGCUAAUCAAGGUUAUGCUGUUGCUGCUGCUAUGAUAGAACAAAUAACUGGUCGAGAUUGGGAAUCAUUAAUACAAGAAUAUAUUUUUACUCCUCUAGACAUGACUAGUGCAACAAUUGGUAUAAUCUAUGAUGAAAUUAUACCACCUAAAACACCUGUCGGUCAUGAUUUACCUCUUAAGCAUACUGUACCUAUUCCACGGCCAGUUCCUAAUGCUACCUUACUUCAUAAUGAUCAAGCUGCAACAGGCCCUGGUGGUUAUAUUGCAUGUACACUUCAAGAUUGGGCUAAGUUCUUACAUGCACAUGUUAUUGGUGAAAGUACUGGUUUUUUAAGUAAUGAAACAGCAGCUAAACUUAAACGUCCAUUUAUUGGUGUGGAAGGUUAUGGUCUAGGAGUUGCUGCAUAUAAUCGUACUUGGGCAACACCUGGUCAAGCUUUAGUACAUAGUGGAGAUAUAUUUGGACAAGAUACCGUCUUUUGGAUGACUCCUAGUCGAGAUCUAAUUGUUGCUGUUUAUACUAAUUGUCGUUCAGAUGAUAAAUCUACAGGACUAGCAUUAGAUAAUGCUGCUGGAAUGCUUAUUGGAAGAUAUGCUUAUAAUUCAACAAGAACUAGAGUCAAUGUUCAUGAUACCAUUGUACUUGAUCAUUUAUCUAUUUUUCCUCGUAAUACAUGA